UCGCUCGCCAGUGAGGUGGUUCUGUCUGGCCUGUCCGGCUCCUCCCCCUCAGUGUUGCCCUGGUGCCCGCCGCGUGGUGCCCCAGACCCCCCGUGCCCCGUUGUAGUGCUUCGUGUGACUCUUGCACUCACACCACUCGUUGGCUCCUCCGUGUGCGUGUGUGCCUGUGAUUUUGCGUGUGCAUUGCGUGUGCGUUUGUUGAUGUGCGUGUUCAUAUUCAUCGUGUAAAGAAUCGACGUGUUUGCCGCAAGUCUAAAAAAAAACGUGAGCUUUUUCGAAGAUUACUGAUUGAACAGGAAAAAAAAACUUUUUAUUUCAAUUAAGAACCUAAAAAGUACUUAAUAUCUGAACAGCAGUGCCAUAGAAAAGGCAAAAUUAGGAAGUUCUGUAUACAAAGUUGCUAUGAUGAACAUUAAACUAAAGAACUUCAACUGUAAAAAGAAAGACAACUGCUGAAACUGAACAAAUUGUAAAGAAAAAACAGAAUAAAACUAUGCCGCAUGAAGGAAAAAAACAUGAUCAUAAUGGAAAGUUAUGAAGCUUCGUAGCGCGUGCCGACUCGUUCCCGGAGCUGUGAGGGUUUGCUCUGCGGGUUUGAAGCUCCGACACCCUUCAUCAUGAGGCUCCGAGACUCCAGUGGCCGACACCGCCGCUCCUCCCUGUAUGGCUACCCCUCGUCGACGUUGCUGCCCUCUGGUGGCUCAGUGGGAGGCAUGCGGCCCAGGGUCAACAAGCUGCAAACUCUGGAGGCCAAGAUGGCGAGCAUCGAAGUGUCCUUGGGGUGGAAGAGGAGGCGGGAGGCGCUGCUGGAGACGCUACCUAGAGCCGCCAGGGACUUGGUGCGGGAGCUUGACGCCCUCCAUCAGGCUCUAAGAGAUAAAGACACCGUCAUACAGUCUCUCAAGACGCAGAUCACCAACCUUGGCGGGACGGUGGGCGGCGGAGGGGAAGGCGGCGGUGCACUGACGGAGACGGAGCGGAGGAGCGUGCAGGACAGGUUAGCAAAGGUGCAGAGCGAGCUGGACUCUAAACGCGUCACCGUCAAGAACCUAAAACUAUCCCUGGAGAAAAUCGACAUUACUGAUAACAUCGACGUAAGGAUUCGUGCCGCUGAGUUAGAGUAUGAGUUGGAGAGGGAAGAACUCAACAUUCUGAACCUGAAGGAGGAAGCAAAUGUUCUCAACACCCGCCUUCAGGAAAACACCCCCUCCCCUGCUGUCAAUGGCACGCCGGGAAAGAAUUCUUCGUUCCACUCCCUGUUGACAUCGGCAGGUGGGGCAGCGGCGUUGGGAGGCGCCUCGCUGCUUAGCCUGAGUGUGCCACACACACCUGGCAAUCCACCCUUUCACGUGACACCACGCCCUCCGCUGGGAUGUGUCAUCGACUGGGCCACGGACGACACACGGCUCAAGAAGGGCGACAGGCUGGUUGAGGUGAACGGCGAGAGCGUGGUAGGGUGCGGGCUGGAGCAGGUCACGCGGGUCAUGGCUGGCGCAACGCUACUUAAUCUUGUCGUGGCGCGGCCCAUCACAGGAACUGGUGGACGCAAGUCAGAAGAUAGAGGAAAGGAAAUGAAGGAGCUUUCAUCUAAAUUAGACAAGACAAUGAAGGAGAAAGACUCAUACAAGAGUGACAAUACUCGGCUCAGUCACCGCAUAAGCUACUUGGAAGAGCAGGUACUGGAGCUGCAGAAUACCCUCUCCCGCACACGUGAGUCAGGGCGAACCCCAGCUGAGGGUGAGACCAUUGUUACCACAUCCCAUCAACCUGGAGCCACAGUCAUCCAGGUGUUCCAGAAGGGUGAGCAGCGCUUGGCUGUGGCAAGUCCUGAGCUGGGGAAUGGAGAAUUAGAGCAUGCACAACAAUAUCCAACUCUACCCCGUAUCAGGUCCCCAGACUCUUCCCUCUCUUCUCCUACCUCAUGUUCUUCUUCCUCCUCUUCUGCUUCCUCUGACCCCCACCACAACCAUCAGCACUCCACCAAAGGACUGGGAGUCCCAUCAAAGCAACCCAAUACUGAACACCACAAGAGAGUUCUGUCCCCAAGACCUGAAUCAAAGAAUGAGGACUCUCGGCCGCCCUCCCGUACUAAACCCAUACCACCCAAGAAGCCAGAGCGCCUCAGUCUGCAGCGAACCACCAGCUUGCAGAACGUGGAGGAGGGGCCCACAAACGUCUCACUUCCUUCACGUUCCACCUCCACCACAUCUACCUCACGACACCACCACCCUCUCCAGGCUUGGCCCUCUCUUGACACUGACAUUCAUUGUCAAGAACGUGACCUCUCUUCCCAAGUCUUGUGUGAUAGAAGUCGUGAGAGACCAGAUUACCACAGCCAUGAAAGUAUCUAUGAGAAGCAACAAGAAUUGCCACCCCCUGACUAUACUAGUUCCUGGGGCCAUGACCACCACCUCUGCUCCAGCAGUGGUGGUGGGGUUGGGGGUGAUGGCAGCGUAAUGAUGGUGGUGAGCGCUAGUCCCAUUGUUACUGGUGAAUCCCUUGGUCGUCGGCCAACUCCUCAAGGUGCUUCAGCCACCACAGUCACCACCACAACCACAACCCUCAAUGAAAGGCCCCGUCUCCACCACCACCACUAUAACCGCCAGCAACCCAGUACCCGCCGGCCCCUCUCCCCAGAUGCCUCCUACCACCUGGACUCUCACAUUCCUGGGAGUCACGAAGAUCCUAGGGAGAUCUACAGUCACACCACUACUACCACCCACUAUAGUGCUGCUACUAACCAUUCCCACCACCACAGGAGCAGUCACCUUCAUCACCAUGACCACAAUUCUCACCAAAGGGUAUCUGCACUGAGCCACCACAGUCACUAUACUAUGCACAGUCCCCCCACACCUGUGGCUUCCCGUAACUCUACCACUCUCACCAUGGCUGCAAGCCCUCGUCCUCAUGAACAGUGGUGCUGAGAGAGAAGGGAGGCAUCCACAUAUACCUGCAAAUAAUAAAACCAUUUCAAUAGUUUUCACAUGUACCUGAAACCCACAGCUUAUGUAAUCAAGGCAAAAAGUGAUCACACGUGUAUACAGAAGAAAUAAUUGCUCAUAACACUGGCCAGUAAGAAAAUCUUCCUUGGUUACGAAAUCCACUAACAUGACAAUGAAGACCAACACAAAAUAUGGGCAGCAAUAUCAUCAUUAAUAUUCUUGAAGUGUUCUUUUGAGCUUAAAUGAUUACUCCCAGCUAUAGAACAAAUGUUGGCCAAGUAAUGAAUAUUUGAUUCAUAGUAAGGUGGUGAGAAUGAAUAUAAUGGAUAUUUGAUUUUUAGGAAUAUGGUGAGAAUGAAUCGGAGUUCUAUUUUCACUGAGUACCAUCUUUUGAGUUGGUGGAUGGGUUUGCAAGUUUCCAUUACACACACCUUAAGAGGCUGUGUGUGGUACUACAUGACUAGCUACUACUACUACAAUUACUACUAGGGAUAUAAAAGCUCACCCAGUGAUCUCAUUCAGGCUAAAUAUUUGUUUAGUGCAGUUAUGAGACUACUGCAGCGCUUGUACUAUUGUAAGAGCUAUUUGUCAGCAUGUAUAUAGUUUUGUACAGUUUAGCUACCCUAACUCCAGCUGAGUAUGUCAAGCUGUAUGGUAAGUAAAAAAAAAUGAAAGUAAUGAUUUGUAUAUAUUUAUUGAAAAGAUAUGUAAAUAGCAUUCAGUAAUACUGUACUUUAAAAUCAAAUUUCUAGGAAACCUGUGCAAAUGAACAUGCAGAAAGUCAAUAAAAAAAACACUUCAAUAAAAUCA